AUUUCUUCCAUUGCCCUGUUCGGCGCAGUAGCCUUCGCUCAACAACGCUGCGACGCGGCAUACCCGGAGCCAGGCAUCUACUGCAACACCACCGAAAUCCUGGCCUUCCAAUCCAGUGACUGCAGUCCCUACCACGUCUUCGUUGCGCGGGGCUCCGAUGAACCCUACCCAGGCCGUUUAGGCAACGUGACCAGCGAGAUCUGCAAAGAACUCGGCUGCACGUUCGAAAACAUCGAGUACCCCGCGAAAAGCACGGCAUGGGGACAGGACGAAUGGUGUAAGUCAGCUAGCAAAGGCGCAGCGAAUGGGCAGGCGCAACUCAAAGCAUAUGCAGAGAAGUGUUCGGACAGCAAGUUGAUUCUGCUGGGCUUCUCGCAGGGUGCGGCCGUUGCACAGGAUAUCUUGGGUGGAGGUGGUGGUGCGGUGUUUGAGUGCACUCAGGACACCAACCCGGCUUUAGACCGCUCGUCCUCGCCUGGCUCACAGAUCGUUGCAGCAGCCACCUUCGGCGCCGUCGUUCGCAGCAGAGACCAAAACUUCACUGUUGGCGAAGGCAUAAACUACGACGGCCGACGCGCCCGCACACCUGAGCAACUCUCUUCCCUGCAAAAGUACUCCUCCGUACUCCUCGACUACUGCCACUACAGCGACCCAAUGUGCGCCGUCGGCAGCGAGCCCGCAGACGUCAUGGAGCAUCUCAACUACUUCGUGGAACACAACGAUGAAAUUGUGACCUGGAUUGCCGGCAAGGCCAAGGGCAAAGCGGUAAGUCUACCCGGCAGC